UUUUAUUGUGCGUUAACAUGCAUAUUAUUUUGAGUACAAUGGAAGGCAGUGGAUUGGACUAGUUUUUCUAAUAGCGUUAGUAUAUCUUUGGACAGAUGCUGUUAUCUUGGGCAGAAUGUAAUAGUAAACAAGUGUCACUGGAUUCACUAAUCCACUAUACUGUAUAGAUCAGAUUGAUCAGGUCUAUGAAUAUUUAACUAGAGGGUGGGUUUAAAGCUGAAUAAUGAAACCUCAUGUUGAAUGGGCAGGUCGCUGUGCUUUCCAUAAGUAUAAAGCUUUGUCAUAUCAGUGACAAGGAUCGGGGGCUAAACUGACAAGCAUCCUAACACAGAGUCUACUCUUCAAUACCCAUCCAUCAUGGAAAUGUCUGACUGGGGAGUGACAAACGUGGACAAUCAAACAGUCCAUUACUGCUUUCCAAACAACAAUUUGUCUUGUACCAAAAGUAUCAGACCAGAAGCGGAGUACAUUAUCGUGUACAUUUUUGUUUCUGUAACAUCAGUGUUUACCGUGUUUCUGAACUUGUUGGUGAUUGUUUCCAUCUCACACUUCAAGCAGCUCCACACUCCGACCAAUGUGCUGAUCCUCUCUCUGGCUGUGGCUGAUCUGAUUGCAGGACUGAUUCUCAUGCCAGUGCAGGGAAUGAAACUCAUUGAGCCAUGCUGGUACUUUGGAGAGAUAUUUUGUUCAAUUUUUCCUCUUAUUCUGUAUGUGGUUGUCGUAGCAUCUCUUGGUAAUAUGAUUAUUAUAUCCGUGGAUCGCUUCAUUGCUGUGAAUGACCCUUUGCGAUAUCCACUGAAAGUCAAUACUAAUAGAGUUGUGGUUUCCAUUGUUGUAAACUGGUUAUUCUCCUUUGUAUAUUCAUUUUAUCUUUUGUAUGACUUUUUACUCUAUCCAGAGAGAAACCAUACAUGUAUUGGUGAAUGUAUACUUGUUGUUACAUUGGAAAAUCUAAUAAUAGAUACUUUGGUUUGUUUAGUGGCACCUUGCUGUAUAAUUAUUCCUUUAUAUAUGAAAAUCUGCUUUGUAGCAAAACGGCAAGCUAGGCAUUUAAAUUCAGUCACAGAAAAAAAGGCCAAAUCAGAAAAAAAGGCUGCAAGAACCUUAGGGAUUGUAGUACUGGUUUAUCUUCUUUUUUGGACACCAUACUACAUAGUAACUCUUUCUUUUGGGCAUGAUGAAAAUGAUGUUCUCAUAAUUAACAUAAUGUAUUGGAUGUUAUGCAUGAAUUCCUGCAUGAAUCCACUUAUCUAUGCAAUGUUUUAUCAAUGGUUUAGAGUGUCAGCAAAAUACAUUUUGACACUGAAAAUAUUUGAACCUUCAUCAGAAUAUUUCAAUAUGUUCCCAGAAGAGAAAUAACCAUUUAAACUUUUGCAUGAAGAGCAUGAAGCACAGAUGUAAAUAAGAUUGUCUGUCUUCAAAUGGAAUAGUUAGGAUUCUUGUGUUAAGCACUUUCUCAUAAAACAUUGGAUGGCAACAGUCUCAGUGCAACAUCUAUGUUUGUAAAAAGUUUAAAUGCACUGCCUAGUAUGCAUGUAUAUUGUGAACAUGUACUGUAUUUGUGUGAGUGACACUAUCUGUCACUAUCUAUUUGAUCUCUUGAAGCACUUAAAUGGCUAAA